CUCAACAUUAAACAAAAUGCAGACGGUGGCAAAUUGUGUAUAUAAUUAUUGAUUAGCUUUCAAUUUACAUUUUUAUAAUAGAUAAAUAGAAUGACACGUACAUAUUAUAGUAUUUAACUCUCCUGCAUGAUUUUAUAUCAAGACAAGCAAGCACAAGUGCAAUCUUUUAUAAAUUGUGAGCUAAAUGCAAAACUCUGGGUAGUACUAGGUAUAAGUUACAAAACAAUAAUACAGUCUUUGCAUACGUGCCGGUGUGCAAGUUAGGAAACUGCAAAGUGGAGCCAGCUUUAGUUGUUUAAAAUGUCAAGACUACAAACUAGAAUUGAUUUUAAAUCGCGGAAGAGGACUCAUCCUAGUAUUAAAGUGGCCAAGGAAAAUAUAGAUGACAGUAAUAAAUUGAGUGCAUCUGCUGUGGAUCACUGUCCACCAGCUAAGCAAAAAAAAGAAAAUUCAUUUAAUGGGGAACACAUUAAAAAUGGAGACACUAACUCCAAAGCACUAAUUCCAUUGACCUGCAGAGAGGAUGAAAUACAAUUUCUUGAAUCAUUUUUAACUGAACAUCUUGAGAAGGCGGAAUCUGCUUCAUUAUAUAUUUCGGGACAGCCUGGAACUGGAAAAACUGCAUGUUUAUCAUAUAUAUUGCAAUUGCCAAAGAUACAAAAAGGAUAUCGACAAGUCUACAUAAAUUGUACAAUGUUGAAAUCAGCAGCUAGUAUUUAUAACAGAAUCUGUAGUGAACUGCAGUUGCCUACAAGUGGCACUUCUGAGAAAGCAUGCCUUGGGGCAAUACACAAAUUAUUUAAAAAUAAUCAUAAGAUGAUACUCCUGGUGCUGGAUGAAAUUGAUCAACUAGUCAGUAAACACCAAUCUGUUUUAUACACAAUAUUUGAAUGGCCGUCACUGCCACAGUCUGGAAUAGUACUAGUUGGCAUUGCCAAUGCAUUGGAUCUCACAGAGAGGACUUUACCGCGUCUUCAAUCUAGGUGUGCCUUGACACCAUCAACAUUACACUUUGCGCCAUACACCAAGCAGCAAAUUAUCAAUAUUUUUACUAAUGUACUUGCUGAUGAAGACAAAACCAAUAUCUUCUCACCAGUUGCAUUACAAAUGCUAGCAGCUAAGAUAGCUGCUGUGUCAGGAGAUAUGAGGAGAGCUCUGAACAUUGGAUAUAGAGUUAUUGAGCUGGCGGAACGAACUAAGUUUUCUAAAACUAAAUCUCUUGACUCCAUCAUGAAGGACUCUAAUGUAACAGUGGAAUUAAAACAAGUACUAGAAAUUCUGAACAGUGUUUAUGGGGAUUCAACAAAAAUAGACACUUGUGUUGAAGAAGGCAUGCCAAUGCAGCAGAAGUUAAUACUAUGCAGCUUGUUAUUAAUGCUCAAGAAAGGAAAAAAUAGGGAAAUUCUCAUGGGAAAACUGUAUGAUACUUAUAAAAAAGUGGCGGAGUCACGCAACAUCUGCCCGUUGGACAUGGGCGAGGUGUGUGGCGCCGUGGAGCUGCUGGAGUGUCGCGGAGCCGUGCGCCUCGGACGGAGGGCGGCCUCGGCCCGAGCGAGGCCUGUGCGUCUUCACUGGCACGAAGCAGAACUAGACGCCGCACUCGCUGACAAGCCGCUACUGUCCGCCAUACUGGCAGGGAAUAUACAACUACCCUCAUGAUGAUACGUUGACGCCUCUGACAAUGAUUACUGCCAACAACCAAAAUGGCGGUCUAACGUAGAUGUAGUUAAAUAAUUUUUUUGACCAUAAAUGUAAGGAGAGUUUUUCCCAAAAACCAAAAUGGCGGUCUAACGUAGAUGUAGAUAUAGAAUUUGCCCAUAAACCGAACGGGGAACUAGUAAUCAAGUAUAUUGAAAAAUGAUUUAAAUAUUUUUCGUACUUUGGUUUGAGCUAAUGGUCUUGUUACCAAUGCACUGAAAAAAUGAUAAACUGCCAGAAUUUUAUCAUGAAACCGUAUCAAUUGUUUUAAUCUCCAAUGAUAUUAGAAUAUAGAUUUAUGCUGACAAAACUAUUGAAAAAUUUUUUCCCCAUGGCGCACUGAAAAAUUAAAUAAGAUCAAAAUAAUAAGAAAUAAAGGACAUCUAGUAUUUGUCACCGUCAAACUUUUUGUAAACACUGUAGAAAUGUGACGCUUUUGAGACAUCUUGAGUUGAUCUAAUAUCAGCUAUUUUUUAUGCAUAUUAUUAUUCUCUUUUAAUUUUUGGAAUAAUAUUAAUAUUUAGUACUCUGUCGAUAAUAACUUGACUGUCUAUGCACACUAUGAUUGCCGCUUUGAAGAAUUUCAACAGUGACUGGCUUUUUAUAUUCCUAUUGAAAUAAGUAAUUUGUAAUAAGUACAAACUUGAUAUUUUUUUUAGGAUAUCAUCUAUAUUAUAAUAAUUAGGUAUGGCAAGUGUUUCAUAAUAACAGUCAAGUAUAAUUUUUGUCUUGUAUUAAUAGAAAAAUAAAUAUUACUUGAAUUAUAAAACCAAAGUUACAUUACCGUAAGUUAAGUUAUAAGUUGACGCAUAGUGAAUACUUUCACUUAAGUUAUACUGUAUUGCUAUAAGCAAAUGUUUUUUAUUUUUUUUAUUAUGGAAUAGGAGGACAAACGAGCUUACAGGUCACCUGGUGUUAAGUGAUCACCGCCGCCCACAUUCUCUUGCAACACCAGAGGAAUAACAAGAGCGUUGCCGGCCUUUAAGGAAGGUGUACGCGCUUUUUUUGAAGGUACCCAUGUCGUAUCGUCCCGGAAACACCGCACAAGGAAGCUCAUUCCACAGCUUUGUAGUACGUGGAAGAAAGCUCCUUGAAAACCGCACUGUGGAGGACCGCCACACAUCCAGAUGGUGAGGAUGAUAUCCUAAUUUGUGGAGUGUCGUGCGAAGGUGGAAUUUAAUUUAAUCGUGAUAUUAUUUUAUACUCUGUGUUUUUUGUGUUACUUAUUAAUAUGGACAUUUUUGAUGUGAUAUGUAUGUCCUUGCGUUUGUUACUUGUGUUUUAUUAAAUUUGUAUUGUAUUUGGUAAUAAUUAAUGUUAAAUUUAUUAAUAUCUAUUGUGUUGUAACAUGUGACUCGUUUUUUUAAACUGCACCUAAAAUGCUUUUCAAAAAAUAUAAUUUAGCGAUUUAUAAUAUUAAAAUAUGUUUAAGACUUAACUGUGUCGAUUUUUUUAAAUGUUCAUAUAAUACUGUUUCAUAUUUUGUAUUUAAAUUUUGUUUAACGUUAGGUUUAGCUAAGUUAGUUUAGUUUUACAAUUCUUUUGGAUAAAAUGCUGCAUAUUUAAUCGCACAGUCAUCAAUAGUUAAAAUUAAUUUCUGACUUUUCUUGUAAUGAAUAGAUGAAUUUCCGUUUAUAUUACAACUGGUUAUAGGUAAAUGGAUGUGUAUAAAUCAAUUCAAUCAAAUUCAAAUAUUUUUGUGGAAAUUAGGAUUUUAAAUCAUUUAUUGAAUGUCGGAAAACAUUACCCUUUCGAAAAUAUAUGCUUGUGAGAGAGCGUGCGCAAGAAAGUAUGGCUCUUUUUGAAAUAAAGUUUAAUUGCAAUAAGUAUUACUAAGAAAGUCAUUUAUAAUACUAAAACCUAUAUUUAUACAAAAAUAUGGACUUUUUUUUACAAUACUUCUGAAUUUCAUAACACAAUAAUAUUUUGUACAAUUCCUACUUAAAUAUAUUAAAUGAAGAGUCAACUUAGCAAAUAUGAAAAUUAUUUUUAAAAGGUUAUCUGAAACAAAUGUCCUCUUCGUAAGGUAUAUAUCUUCUAUGUAUGCAAUUACUAAAAAUAAGAAAAGUGUAAAAGUUAGAUACAGACAGGCAGAGUGUCAAUGAACUGGCUACACCUAAAUUCAAUUGUGACAAAUUUUUGAUUGAAAUGUUGAUUUAUUAGGUUAAGGUUUCUAUAAAUAAAAUAAAACUUCGCUGCCUUAAGACAGUCCUUGUUGUCAAUUUAAUUCAACAUAUUCGGAGGUUUAAUUGUACCGAAUUAUUUAGUAACAGUUAGAAUUUCGUAAGUGAUUUGUUUUAGCAUUAGGACUGAAUUUGUAUAAAAUUCAUAAAUAUUUAAUGUUUUCUUUGUUAAUUAUUUUCAUAUUACGGACAUAACGGCUUUGAAUAAUUAUUAUGUAAUAAAUGCUAUAAUAAAAUAAAUAAAAAAAAAGGCUAUAUUACUGUACAAAUUUUACAUGCUAGGUACUAAAAUAGUAAAAAAAGUGCCUCUAAUAAUGCCUAUAAUAAAUGCUAUAAUUAAUGUGUUUAGUUAUAUGAUAAUGACUUCGUUGUAAUUGUACUUAGAUAAUAUUUAAAUUAGGAUGUUAUUCAUAUGGAUCUCUUGAAUAAAUGCUCUGAAUAAUU